UGAUAGUUUAUCGAUACUUAUAACUAAAAUAAACAAAAAAGGAAAUUCGCCCAAUUCCAGAGAUAAAGAAAAUAUUCUUAUAGUAGGGCCAUGGAGAAACUAGGCUUGGCCUGCCCAUUUUCCUUUCUGGCUGGUAAACCGCAAGGAUCGAGUUGCGGCAUCCUUCAGCUCAAUUAUGACUGCUACCUGAAAAUAUUUUCCUACUUAACCACGCUGGAGGAUCUGCUGAAUCUUGGCCGAGCUCAUCCACUGCUCUGUGAUGCGGUUGAUCACCUGCUUCGAAUGCGCUGCCAAAAGAUCAAUGUACGGAUGCUGAAAACCAUUUCAGAUUGGGAGUUUUUAUUGGGACUGUGUGGCUCCGAAGUGAUCAGAUGCGAGAUUCCCCAUGGCCACUGGGACGACGGUAUCACUUAUCCAUUUCUGAACCUUUUGGGACGGCUCUGCCCUAAUCUGCGCCAGGUGGUGGUAAUAUUCAUGCACACAGUGACGCCAACAACCGAAGAUAUUCCAUCCAGUGUUAUGCCGUUGCUCUUGGAGCUUCCCGGAUUGACGAACCUCACCCUUAUAGAUGCCAAAGCAAAUCAUCUGGAACAACUGCAGUACUUUAGUAAACUUGAAGCUUUGGACUUGGAUGGAAUCGAUCAUAGUCUUAGUGUUUCUGCCUUUGAAACGAUUUUCCAUAACAAGGACCAAUUGAGAAGUCUGAUGCUGAACUUUGGACGGGGAUUCAGGCAAACAGUUCAGUUACUCCAGGUGGCAAAAAAUUGUCCCCGAUUAAACCACAUUACCCUGGAGAACUUUGACGCCAGAAUUAGAGAUCUUGGUACCUUCAGGAACCUCCAAUCGCUCCAUUUAAUUUUCUCCAGGAUCGCGGAAAUAAACACGGACUUUUACAGGUCGCUGGUAAAGCAAUACUCGGCCAGCCUGCAAAGACUGCAUCUUACAUCUGUCCGUGUUAGAGUGGAUCAAGUCCAUAAUUUCCGAUCUUUUUGCGGCCUAAAAUCUUUUGACUGCAAUCCUUAUCCAGUUCAGUCAUUGGAUGAGUUGUGUCAUCUGACUAGUCUUGAGUGCUUGGCCUUAGAUUGCGUCGAGCCAUUUCCAAACGGCAGUCGUCAACUGUUGGAUAUUUUAAAAGAGUGUUCUAAUCUUAAACACCUUAAACUGGGCAGCCGGUGGCAAAUGGCCAGUGAAGAUUGUGAAAGAUUGGUUGGCUCCUAUGUGAACCAGAGUGAGGACCCCAGUCGAACACUCCUAAUGAGUCUUGUCUUUGUUGAAAAUCCGGAUAUUCGAGCAAAGUUGAUGAAUCUUGUAUCGGAUCCCAAUAUACUACGGCUGUCUUUUGGGGAAACAACUUGUGACCAUUGUCAAGCAGAUACUUAUUCCAAGUGCGAUACCAUUUUUACAUAAAUUGUCUAUUUUUAUCAAUUGACUUUACCUCGCAUUG